CAUCCUUAAGCAGCAAAUAAAGGUAGCAUAUAUAGCUCGCUAGACGAGUUGCAGAGAGCAAGUAGAUUGCUAUAUAUCAGCAAUAUAAUGUCGAUGCAUUACUUGGCCGCUCUGUCGGCGGUGGCUCUGGGAGCUAUCUUGCUUCUCCGUUCGGCCUUCAAAUGGAUGAACGGCGCCCGGACGGGUAAAGACGAAGGGCGGAUGCUGCCGCCGGGGUCGAGGGGCCUGCCGCUCCUCGGCGAGACGCUCGAGUUCUUCGCGGCGUCGCCGACCCUUGAGCUAGUGCCCUUCUUCAAGCGGCGGCUGGAGAGGUUCGGGCCCAUCUUCCGGACGAACAUAGUUGGCGAGGACCUGAUCGUGUCGCUGGACCCGGAGCUGAACGCGCGCGUGCUGCAGCAGGAGGAGCGCGGCUUCCAGAUCUGGUACCCCUCCUCUUUCAUGCGCGUGUUCGGCGACGACAACAUCAUCUCCGCGCUCGGCCCGCUCCACCGCCACAUCAGGAACCUCGUGCUCCGCCUCUUCGGCCCCGAGGCCCUCCGCCUGGUGCUGCUCCGUGACGUGCAGCGGAGCGCGCGCGACGAGCUGCGCUCAUGGCUCGACCACCCGGACGUCGAGGUCAGGACGGCCACCUCCAGGAUGAUAUUCGCCGUCACGGCGAAGAAGCUGAUCAGCCACGACGACGCGGCGUCGGGAGGAAGCCUGUGGAAAUGCUUCGACGCCUGGACCAAGGGGCUGCUGUCGUUCCCGCUCUGCGUUCCGGGGACAGCCUUCUACAAGUGCAUGCAGGGACGCAAGAACGUCAUGAAGAUACUGAAGCAGCAGCUCGACGAGCGCAGGAACACGGCCGAGCGCAGGACCGUGGAUUUCUUCGACCUCGUGAUCGACGAGCUCAACAAGCCCGACCCUAUAAUGAACGAGAACAUCGCGUUGGACCUGUUGUUCCUGCUCCUCUUCGCGAGCCACGAGACGACGUCGAUGGGACUGACCGCGAUACUCAAGUUCCUCACGGACAACCCAAAGGCCCUGCAAGAAUUGACCGAGGAGCAUGAAAAAAUCGUGGAAACAAGGGUGGAUCCGGACUCUGAUAUCACCUGGGAGGAGUACAAGUCUAUGAGAUUCACAUCUCAUGUUAUACAUGAAUCUCUUAGGCUAGCAAACAUCGCUCCGGUGGUGUUCAGACAGGCAAACCAAGACGUAUACAUAAAGGGGUACACUAUCCCAGAAGGAUCAAAGAUCAUGAUCUGUCCAUCUGCAGCUCACCUGAACUCAAAGGUUUACGAGGACCCCACGGCGUUCAAUCCAUGGAGAUGGAAGGAUACUCCCGAACCAGUUGGUGGUUCAAAGGAUUUUAUGGCCUUUGGGGGUGGUUUGCGGUUAUGUGUUGGAGCUGACUUUGCCAAGCUGCAAAUGGCUAUGUUCAUCCACUGCUUGGUUACCAAGUACAGUUGGAAGCCCAUCAGCAAAGGAACGAUGGUGUUUUAUCCCGGUCUACGAUUUCCGGAAGGCUUUCACAUCCAGCUUCUUGCAAAAGCAUGAAAUUUUAUUGCUGGAAAAGAUUUGCACACGGGGUACUAAAAAUAUGCUUUUUCGUUAGUAAUUAUAGUUGUGUAAUAAAAAAACUAAAGAGACAAUUGAAUAUGAGUAGGUUUUAAUUGGUCAUAUCUAAUACACAUAAAUAUACGAACGUGCUACUAAACCUCAUAAAGAAAAGCGAACUAGAGCAAGACUUCAAGAUCACGCAUCAGCCUACUGUACGUGAGAUGCCCAAAGCACGUACGAGCGGUGACCAGCAAAUCAGAAAUGCGAAGUACGCGCGUAGAUGAAAGGCUUUUUUUUUUGAAAAAAUGGUUUAUGUAGUAUGGUUUCCCAAUUUUCAAGAUGUAUGCCUUUAUACUGAAUGUUGUAAUGUAAUGCAUGUAAUUGUUUCCACUUAUAUAUAAUAAGUUCAGCUAAGGCACUGGUGAAUUAUUGUAAUUUUCCUUUCCCGUAGAAUAUACCUGAACCUUGAAUUGAAUA